UCCUGCUGGUGCUGUUAUUGGAGUUGUUGUAGGACUGCUGCUGCUGGCACUCUGCUCUCUCACUGGACUCUUCAUCUGGAGAAGGAACAAAAAUGAUUCAGACUUGCACAGAACUCUUCAUCAUUUUCAUUGGACAGAAAUUCAGCUCCUGUCUGAUCACAGGUUUGUCUCCAAAUCUGCAGCUCCUGUGGAGUGUUCCCGGUCUGCAGUGGUCAGUAACUAUAGAUAGUGCUCCAAGGAAGGAAAAGCAGAGAGAAAAGCCCCUACCAACAGAAAGACUCCCACAUCCGUCCGCAAGGAGGAAGCCGCAGCUCGGUCCUUUACCCACCCGACUUUAUCAAAUCAAGAUGAAAACGUUAUUUUUGUUGCUUCUCUUCUGUCACGUUUCAUCAGCAGUGAAACACUCUCUGAAGUAUUUUCUAACUGGAUCCAGUGGAGUCCCAAACUUAUCAGAGUUUGUAGGAUCUCUAGAGGUUGAUGGAAGUCUGGUCGGUUACUGCGACGGCAACAAAAAGAUAAUAAAACCAAAACAGGACUGGAUGAAAAAACUAAUUGAAGAUGAUCCUCAGCACUUAGAGUGGGCCACUAAGCAGUGUUUUCAGAGAGGGCCAAACAUAUUCAAAGUCAGGAUUCAGAAUUUGAAGCAGCGCCUCAACCAAACUGAAGGUGUCCACAUUUUACAGGAGAUGUUAGGAUGUGAGUGGGAUGAUGAGACUGGAGAGGUUAAUGGUUUUAAUCAGUUAGGUUAUGAUGGAGAAGACUUUAUAUCUCUUGACCUGAAGACAUUGACAUGGAUCGCUCUGAAACCUCAGGCUGUCCCCAUCAAACUGAUGUGGGACACUGACAAAGCUAGAAUAAAAGUCAAGGAAAUUGACCUCACUAAGAUUUUCCCUGAGUUACUGAAGAAGUAUGUGGCCUAUGGAAACAGCUCUCUGCAGAGAAAAGACAUUCCCUCAGUGUCUCUCCUCCAGAAGACUCCCUCCUCUCCAGUCAGCUGCCACGCUACAGGUUUCUACCCUGACAGAGCCACACUCAUCUGGAGGAAAGAUGGAGAGGAGAUUCAUGAGGACGUGGACCACGGAGAGAUCCUCCUCAACCACGAUGGAUCCUUCCAGAUGAGUGUUGACCUGAACCUUUCAUCAGUCACACCUGAAGACUGGAGGAGGUACGACUGUGUGUUUCAGCUCUCUGGUGUGAAAAACGACAUUGUCAUCAGACUGGACAAAGCAGAGAUCAGGACCAACUGGGUUUCUCCCUCAGAGUUUCCUGCUGGUGCUGUUAUUGGAGUUGUUGUAGGACUGCUGCUGCUGGCACUCUGCAUCACUGGACUCUUCAUCUGGAGAAGGAACAAAAAUGGAUUCAGACCUGCAAACACUUCAGACUCUUCAGCAUCGCUGUCAGACAGAAAUUCAGCUCCUGACUGAUCACAGUGAGUUCCCACUGAAGAUACAAGAGAACUCCAAUGACGUUACCGUGGCAUCCAAACCGUUCUUUCUUUUCCAGAGAACACUUUAUUCUCAUUUACAGAAGACAUAUUUAUUUAGGAAAAUAUUUGGAACAUUGAGAUGAGAAGUCAGAGACCCUGUCAGAACAAGUAUGAAUUCCUUUACUCACCAAAGAAGAUUAUUUAGGUGUCAGUCAGAGCUGACAGAAGCAUUACUGUCGAGGAAAUCCUCCAGGAGUAACAACAUCUGGAGUGAUGCUACUGUCCAGCUACCAAAAAGGAGGUCCUGGACCUUAUCUAGUUUAGAUUAUGAGGCACUACUUAUCAUUCUUUGUUGAUUAGUAGUAAGUUUCAUGUUUCUACUUUUGAAACACACUAAAGAAGACUUUUCACUUAACCCUGUUGUAAAAUAUUGUCUCUCUAUUGUGUCAGAAAAUCAAACAAUAAAAUCUUAGUCCUCAUAUAUAAAUAAGCACUAAUGGCUUAGCCCCAACAUGUAUCACUGAGCUGCUUGUACAAUAUGAAACUGUUGGGCCUCUGAGGUCUUGUGGAACUGCUUUUUAAAUUCUGGUAUGUAUACACACCAAUUUUUUAUCUAGCUAUAUUUAUCUGCUGUUACAUUUGAUACAUUUUAUUGCUUUUCACUGUUUUAGGAUCCGUUCUUUUCUGAAUUACUGCACCUUAAAAUCUGUGUUUGUGGAUAUGAAGUUGGGCUUUACAUCCCUCCUGUUAAUCCAUAUAUGGUUAUGGUUCCCACAAACUAAUAAAAAUGUGAAGGAAACUAAA